GGGAGCCUACGAUCAGUUAAGUUUGGUCAGUACCUGUUAACAUGUGGAAAAAGGUAAAAUUUGUACUGGUAUUCUUGGGUUUCACUACGGCAUUAUGCAGGGGAUCUGACAGGGGGGAGUCAACCUGAAAUGUAUUGAUGCUUAUGCAGCUGUACUGGAGUGAGAAAAUGAUCGGGAAUUGCACGUGUUUGCAUGCAACCAAACGGAAGGCUAAUACAUAAAUCGAGCCAUUGACUCACUCUGAUAACUGUGUUUUGUUUUAGAGUACACCCCGUCACUUCUGUGACGUCAUACGAAACCCAAAAAUUAAAGUACAAAAAUAUCCAACUUAUAGCCGUGAAAUAUGUCAUGCAAGAAAUUGUUUUUGUAAAUACUGUAUUUUCUGUAUUCCGUUGAGUACUGUAGGUUGCAUCUAUCAUUUUACAAAUAUCGUGAAAAUAACUAAAACUUACCGUCCCGACCUCUUUCUUCGUUAUCUUCAUUAUCAUGGGUCUGGGUGGAAUCUUUGGUUGAAUCUGCAGAUGUUAAAAUAAAGUAAGGCAUAAGUGCUUUCAAGAAUUCCAGUUAUCAAAGGAGAAUUGAAAUAUUGGGAAAUACAGGAUAUAAUUGGAUAACUAAAGUUCGUUAUUCAUUGUGCUAAUAUUUACUUGUCAUCUACUUGUAGGUGAGCCUACGAAUGGUAAUAUUUGGUCCACAAGCGUUUAAACCGUCGAAAGAGGUAAAAUUAUAUCUUGUAUUUUAGUAUAAAAGUAUCCUUCUUGCAGGAGAAAUAUGUCAUGCGGCAUAUUGUUCGUUGAAAAUACCGCUGUAUUCUCUCGUGUCCGAACUAAUUAUACUUUACAAAUAUCGUGAAAAUAACUAAGACUGACCGUCCCCACAGUUUUCCUCUGUUUGUGCGUUUCUCUUGCGGGGAGUCGAAUGUUUGUUUGAAUCUACAGAUGUUCAAACAAAGUAAGGCGUAUAAGUCCUUUGAAGAAUUGCAAUUAUCGAUUGAAGAAUUGGAAUAUGAGUGGAAACCCAGGAUUUGUUUCAAAUGGGAGUAGGUAAAAUAUUUUUCCUAUGUACCUUUUGUAUGGGUGUGUACAGGUUACAAUCUUGUUGUACUCGUUUUUAUCAAAACAGUUGUUCACCGCGUUUUUGUCAAGUCCUUUGCAUAUAAACUGCAGGUUCAUGCAGAUACUGAAGUAUUCAAUUGCUUUACAAUUGAAUUAUCCGGAAACAUUUUUUCCUAUUCAUAUCGUAAUAACACCCAUCAUUUCUAACGACAUACAUGGAUGGUUAAUCUGGGUUCAACAAGUCAGAGAAAACACGUUUAUUCAAAGGUGGAAAUUAAAUUAAAAUUCUAACUUUACAUGGAUUAGGGUGCAACUAUGGCAAUCGUACUAGAAAAACUUUUAAUAUACUCGCUAUCAAGAUUUUUUGUACACGUGUAUAAUUAUACAGAGAUAGUAUGUAAACUUCAAACACAUAUAGGUCAAUUUGAGAUAUUCCGUGUUAUAUUAAUAGAGAUAACGGUCAAAAAUUGAUUUUCAUUCAUAGAUUCCAUUGGAUGAUUAAAGUUCAACCUCGUAAGUUCACCAUGCAUUGUGCUAAUAUUUACUUUAUAUCUAUUUCUAGGGUAGCCUACGAUAAGUGUUAACACGUGAAAAAAGGUUACAUUUGUGCUCGAUCGAUAUGUCAUGCUAUGUUAUGCCUGUAUUUCAGAAACAUACUCCGAGAUACGAAAAACUUGUUUCACAUGAAUCUGGCACUGCAAUCGAGCAAGGAAAAAUUCGUAAUAGAAAUAGAAAUUCUGAAAUAGAAUUGAAACACUCGCUACCAAUCCCUGUUGACUCAAUCGCUCAAUAGGUAGAGCGGCGGUCUAGAUACCAGAAGAUGCGAGUUCAAAUCCCGCUCGAGCCAGCGAAUUUUUCGUUGCUCGUUUGCAGUAUCAGAUUAAUAUGAAACUAGUUUAUGCCUGUAUAGGAUCUAUGGUUUUACAAAUAUCAUGAAAAUCCUAGUUGAAAACUUACCGUGCAGACAGCUUUCUUCUGUGUCUGCAUCUAUUAAUUGGUUGUCUUUUGUCACAUCCGGAAGAAGGAAUAAGCGUUCUAAAAAAUCAGGGAUUUAAAUACAUUUUGUUUUGCGCUCAAUGUUUUGCUUGCGCAUUGAAUUUACUAUCAUAAUUAAAUAUUAAUAAAUAUGUGCUGAUAUAAUUUACGUUUUAUGUAUUUAUGUAGAUGGAAGCAGCAGCCAGAAUUUUAUACGAUGGAGCCUGAUGAGAUGGGUCACAUGCGGUGUUGGUCACUAA